CGUGGUGUGGGUUGUUUGUGUAAGAAGUGUCAAUCACGGUGGAGAGGUACGCGCGCUCGCUCGCUCGCUCGCUCGCUCGCUCGAUCGACCGACACGACGUUCUCAGCGGCGAGUUGACGAUCUUAUAGAAACAGACGGUGCCGGUAUAUUCUCUCCUUCAUUCUCUCUUUUUCUCUCUCUCUCUAUCUCUCUUCCCCUCGGUGUCGCGAGGGUAUCAGAACCGAGAACGGCGUAGCGCGAGGGCCAUAGUAGAUCGAGACCGCAGGCGCGAGAAGAGCCGCGUGCACGGGAGAGCCGCAACAUCGCGCACACCGCGACGCGAGAGUAAGCACAACGUGAUGUCAACGAAGACGAGCAAGAAGACCGCGGCGGCGGCGGCGGCGGCGGCUGCCGCCGCGGCAGCGGCCGCCGCCUCAUCCGCUACCACCGUCGCCGCCUCGUCGUCGACGUCGAGCAACAUCCAAUCGCCGCCCGCGAGCACGUCGACGCCGAUCGUCAGCGGCCGGCGACCCGGCAGCCCGCUAAGCCCGACCCGGUACUCCCGGCUGCAGGAGAAGCAGGAUCUGCAGAAUCUCAACGACCGUCUGGCAUGUUACAUCGAGAAGGUGCGCCUCCUCGAGACGGAGAACUCCCGGCUCAGCCGGGAGAUGCAGACCACUCAGGAGACCGUCACCCGGGAGGUCACCAACAUCAAGGCCAUGUACGAGCACGAGCUGUCCGACGCGCGGAAGCUGCUCGACGAGACCGCCAGGGAACGCGCCAAGCUCGAGAUCGACACCAAACGUCUCUGGGAUGAUAACGAGGAUCUCAAGAGCAAAUUGGACAAGAAGUCAAGAGACCUGCAGGUAGCAGAACGAAAUGCAAUGAUAUUCGAAACACGCUGCAGCGACUUGCAGUCGCAGUUCAAUCAAUCGCAGGCGGAGCGUAAGAAGCUGGCCGAAAAGGAGCGGGAUUUGGAGAAAGAAGUGGAUCGAUUGAAAGCAUUGCUGGACGACGCUCGCAAACACUUGGAGGAAGAGACUCUCCAGCGAAUCGAUCUUGAGAACAAUAUUCAGAGUCUCAAAGAAGACAUCAGUUUCAAGGAUCAAGUGUAUCAGCAAGAACUUUCGGAGACUCGUACGAGACGACAAGUUGAAAUAUCAGAAAUUGAUGGUCGUCUCGCGGAGCAGUAUGAGGCUAAAUUGCAGCAAUCCUUGCAAGAAUUACGAGAUCAAUAUGAGGCGCAGAUGCGUGCAAAUCGAGAGGAGAUUGAACUUUUGUAUGAGAAUAAAAUCAAGAAUUUGGCAUCUCACGCUCAGAGAAAUACUGGAGUCGCCAACAUGGCAGCCGAGGAAUUAAGACAGACUCGCUCUCGAAUCGAAGGGCUUAAUUCAAGAAUCAAUGAACUCGAAGCGACCAACAAUGCCCUUAAUGCUCGCAUUAGGGAUUUGGAGAAUUUACGAGAGAACGAACGUGCUCGUCACGCAGAAAGCUUGGCUGCAUUAGAAGCAGAAUUAACGCGUAUGCGAGACGAAAUGGCUCAACAGUUGCAAGAAUAUCAGGAUCUUAUGGACAUUAAAGUGGCACUGGAUUUGGAAAUUGCUGCGUAUCGCAAGAUGCUCGAGUCUGAAGAGGCGAGACUGAAUAUCACACCCAUGCAGUCGACGAAUACGUCUCUGUCUGGUAGAGCAACUCCGUCCAGACAUACUCCUCUUAGAGGCGGUAAACGGAAACGCACUUUAUUGGAAGAGAGUGAGGAACGCAGCAGUAGCGAUUAUAGUGUUACGGGUACUGCUAGGGGUGACGUAGAGAUUACAGAAGCGGAUCCCCAAGGGCGAUUUGUAAAACUUACCAAUAAAGGCAAUAAGGAAAUAAGCUUGGGCGGUUGGCAAAUUAUUCGCAAGGCCGGUUCCCUGGAAACUUCCUUCAAGUUUCAUCGUAGUGUAAAGCUCGAUGCAGGUGCUAAUGUGAUGGUAUGGUCUGCUGAUAUCGGUGCAACACAUGAGCCACCUUCCAACAUCGUCAUGAAGGGUCAGAAGUGGUUCGUAGGAGAUAACAUGACUACAACACUGACAAAUAUCGAAGGAGAGGAAAUGGCAACUUCUGAACGGAAGAGACAACAUUUAUCCACAACUUUGUCUCGACACAGAGAAAUGGGAUACCGACCAACAGAAGAACUCCAUCACCAACAGAGAAGAUAUCUCUACCCGUAUUAAGGGUGAGGGCACACAACUCUGAUGGGCACUUUAUGGCGAUCCCCAGGGUGAAGAGCGUUGCCACAUUAUGUGAACAUAAAUUUACUAUAAGUUUAAGAAUAUCAAAAGAUUUUAAAAGCUUGUAUGAUAAUGGGACUUUGUUCCGUAAGCACCGUUUAAAAACUGGUGAAAAUAAAAAAAAUCAUGCCAUUAACAUAAAGAAAUUAAUUUAGAGUACAAUAUCAGAGAUAUAUGAGAUACAAGAUUCAUUUGUCUAAUACUUCGAAGAGAAAGAGUAUUAAAACAGAAAUGAAUAUUGCAGUUGAGACAUUAUAUAACUUUCCUUACAUUUAUGUAAUAGAGUAUAUAUAAAUAAAUAUAUAUUAUAUAAAUAUAUAUUAUACAUGUAUACAUAUAUGAGAAGAUAUUGUAUUAUAUUUGAACUGACGAGAGUUCAAAUCAAACUUAACAAAUGGGUUUUGUGAUGUGAAUGAAAUGUUUUUUUUUUUGCAUUUAUCAAUCUAUUCAUUAAAAAAAAAACGGACUUGUACUAUUAUAUUCUGUUAAACCCACAGCGAUUACAACGAUUAUCGAGUACAGAUGGAUACUAAUGGUGUGCUUGUAUUCAGCAAAUUUCUUCCUCUCCAUUGUAUGCUGCAUUACGUUUAUUACUCUCAGGCAUUUAUCUGUACUUCCUUGAAUUGUAAUACCGAAAUAACGAAAUGUUUCCAGAAUGUUUUAAUGAUUAAUAAUUUCUUAAUUUAUGAUAUACGCAAUUACGUACGUUUAUGUUCGUUCAUGUUGUCCAAUAUGAAACAUUCAAGAGAGCGAUUGGGUUACCAGUAUUUGUUCUUUUAACUUAAUGAUAGUAAUAUAAAACUGUGGGAAAACUAAUAAAUAUGGCACGUAGACUUGGCAAUUAGACGGACAAUUUCAUCUUUUAGUGAAUCCCGAAGAAAGCGCUUGAUUAAAUGUUCGAUUGAAUGUUAUUUCCAACUUGUGUAAUGUUUAACUGAAUGUCACAUGUUUAUAUGUGAAAAGCGUAUUCUUCGGCUUCGAAAUUGUACUCGAAUUGCACGAAUGCUGCCGAUUGAUCCAGUUGAUUUUUCUGAAUAAACAAAUGAUAAUUUCAUGGAAAGUACAGGGAGGAAACGUAUUCCUACAAUCGUGCCCACCUGUGCAUUCAAAAUGAUUUUCCUUAAUUGUAUUCAGCUUUAUAUCAUUUAUACUAAUAAUAAAAAUCACAAAUUAACCGUACAAAUGUACUCGUGAUCAUUAUUUUUCACGAUAGUGACAGCAGCUAAUUGGUUUUAGGCGAACGUUAAGUUAGGAUAAGGCUUUCAUAGAGAGCAUAAAAAGAAUCGAAAGAAUUUAAAUGAACAAAUUGUUCAUAUUUUAUUAUGUAUAUGAAUCGGGUAGGUAUUUAUAUGCAGAGCCGAUUUAUAGGAAAUUUUUUUCUCUUUAUAUAAGAACACUAUUUUACCAUAUUGAAAAAAUGCACUUUUGCGCAAACCAAGAGUCGAUAGAUAUUUUCAAUGUUAUUUCGAGAUUUUGUAAUAAAACUCAUCGGUUUAAAAAUGUAUCCUGCAAAUAAAUUUGUGUCUUGUUUCGCUA